CACUCGCUCUUUAUAUUAAGUAGCUGCUUUUGCUCUCCCCCUCGCAUUCCCAAUUUCAACCCAGCAUCUCUCUCUCUCUCUCUGACCCAAACAAUGGCUCUCUCCAAAACUGCGUCGGAGUCCGAUGUCUCCGUUCAUUCUACCUUCGCUUCGCGCUACGUCCGAACUUCUCUUCCCAGGUUCAAGAUGGCAGAGAAGUCGAUCCCGAAGGAAGCGGCGUACCAGAUCAUUAGCGACGAGCUGAUGCUGGACGGGAACCCCAGGCUGAACCUAGCCUCCUUCGUGACGACAUGGAUGGAACCGGAGUGCGACAAGCUCAUAAUGGCUGGCAUCAACAAGAACUAUGUCGACAUGGACGAGUACCCCGUCACCACCGAGCUCCAGAACCGGUGCGUGAACAUGAUUGCACAUUUGUUCAACGCUCCACUCGGAGAAUCAGAGGCUGCCGUCGGAGUAGGGACUGUGGGGUCGUCGGAGGCGAUUAUGUUGGCCGGACUGGCAUUCAAGAGGAAGUGGCAGAACAAGAGGAAGGCCGAGGGUAAACCCUGUGACAGUCCCAACAUCGUUACGGGUGCUAAUGUUCAGGUCUGUUGGGAGAAAUUUGCAAGGUACUUUGAGGUUGAGUUGAAGGAGGUAAAACUGAGGGAAGGCUACUAUGUGAUGGACCCUGAGAAAGCAGUUGAGAUGGUUGAUGAGAACACCAUCUGUGUCGCUGCAAUCCUCGGUUCCACCCUCAAUGGUGAAUUUGAGGAUGUUAAGCGUUUGAAUGACCUAUUGAUAGAGAAGAACAAGGAAACAGGAUGGGAAACUCCUAUUCAUGUUGAUGCUGCCAGUGGUGGAUUCAUUGCUCCAUUCAUCUACCCAGACCUAGAGUGGGACUUCCGCUUGCCACUGGUGAAGAGUAUCAAUGUCAGUGGCCACAAGUAUGGUCUUGUCUAUGCUGGGAUUGGGUGGGUCAUCUGGAGGAGCAAAGAAGAUUUGCCUGAAGAACUCAUCUUCCACAUCAACUAUCUUGGAGCUGAUCAGCCCACCUUUACCCUCAACUUCUCUAAAGGUUCUAGUCAAGUAAUUGCUCAAUACUACCAGCUAAUUCGCUUGGGCUAUGAGGGCUAUAGGAACAUUAUGGAGAAUUGCAGAGAAAAUACAAUGGUUCUCAAGGAAGGAUUAGAGAAGACAGAGCGUUUCAACAUUGUGUCCAAGGACGAAGGAGUCCCCUUGGUGGCAUUCUCACUCAAGGACAGUAGCCAUUACACUGAGUUCCAAGUGUCGGACAUGUUGCGCCGAUUCGGAUGGAUUGUGCCAGCCUAUACCAUGCCACCUGAUGCUCAGAAUAUAACAGUGCUCCGUGUUGUUAUAAGGGAGGAUUUCUCUCGAACUCUUGCUGAGAGACUUGUCCAUGACAUCCAAAAGGUCCUUCAUGACCUCGACACCCUCCCUGCAAAGAUCUCUGCGAAGCUAGCACUCAAUGGUGAAGAGGGUAUUCUUCCCCGCAAGAAGAGUGCCAUUGAGACCCAGAGAGAGAUCACUACAGCAUGGAGGAAGUUUGUGAUGGCCAGGAAGACCAAUGGUGUUUGUUAAGAAUUUGGACUUGAAGCCAUCACGAGAGACACUACUGCUAAGUUUUUGUUUUUUUCCAUUUUCCUUCUUUCUUUUACUUUCGUCCCUACUCCUUUGAUAUUUUAGAGUUCAAUUAAUUACUUGUCCCAAACCCAUGUUUAUGGCCUCUUUUUGAGUCUAUGACUUUAUAUGAUUUAUCUUAAAUUAUUGAAAGAUGUCAUGAACAAACUAGUACAAAACUUAUUAGCUCCCAAGUGCUGCAUUUGUUUAUUUGUUUAUGAUGCAAACAUUGAAGUGAUGGAAAUAUGGUUCAA